AUGAUAUGUGACAUCAAUGGGCUUGCCUGCGUCACCGCUUGGGUGAGGAGGUGGGCCUUCCUCGACCCCAUCCGCCUCGACGAUGGAGACUAUAGAACUUUCCCGAUAUGGCGUUCCAUGCUCACGCCGCCGUCGCCGUCGCUGCUCGUGGACCACAACGAUGAUCCAGCCAAGCGCUGCAUCACCACCACCAUCAAGCGUUGCCACUGUAACCUCGAUCCUCAUGCUUUGCUCAUGCGGGCUCUACCCCAUCCCUUCAGGCAAGCUCUGCCCCGCCGCAUGCCGCUCCUCCAAGAUCACCACAAUCCCUCGGUUAUGACCUGUCUUGGUUCUUGCAGCGUAUGGCUUUCCCUCUUUGUCUGCAUUGACGACGGUCGUAGUCUGCUCAGCCUCUUCCAACCCGUCAUGGCCGCUGAGAUCCUCCUGCCCCCGCUUAUCUAUGACAAGCGCCUCGUCUCCAAGAUGGUCUUUACACCCAACCCCACCACAAACGACUUCCUGGCCGCCGUGAUAUGUGACAUCAAUGGGUUUGCCUGCGUCACCGCUGGGGCCAGGAGGUGGGCCAUCCUCGACCCCAUCCGCCUCGACGAUGGAGACCAGCUCACCGACCUCCUCUACCACAGAAAUGGUAUGGUCUACUGCCCCACUCGGUUUAGAGAUGUCCAUGUGCUCCACCUACCGCAGCACCGCUGCAGGAACCUGUCAUCCUCGAGGGCCACACAUUAG